AUGGUACCAUACUCAGUUCAAGAUGAGGAUUUAUCAGUUGUCAUUGACAAGGAACAUUUAAUCAUCAGCGUCAAAGGAAAUCCCCCCAUUGUCAAGGGGAGGAUAUAUGGCUCUGUCGACACCGAUAGCUGCGUGUGGCAAUUGGAACCUCGUAGCUCGCAUUUAACCGCUCGGGAACGAACCCACUCUACAGCAUCAACAACAUCGACACACUCAUCUUACGCAUUUGUCUCUGAUCCAGAUAUAUCAAGCAGCUUUGCUGCCUCUCUCGAAAGUGGUCCUGUAUCAGACGCUGAAGAUGUCUAUUCGCCUUCGCCUUCAUCGCCAGUGCUUGCAUACGCUGACGAAGGCUUAUAUCCUGUCCAACGCCGCAAGCUCAGUCCAAACCCUAUCCACUCUCGCUCUGUGUCCCCUGGCCAUGCCCACCCCAGUAUGACGUCGUCCUUCUCUUCCCUAGAUUCCCGACAAUCACCACAGUCAGGUAGAUUGCUGACUGUUCACCUGGAGAAAGAGCAAUCCACAAUUUGGCCAUCUCUCAUCGUUGGACCAGUCCCUGAAUCUUUGUCCUCGAGCAUUUCAAACACAGUGGUGGUCUUUGAUGCAAAUGAGGAGUCAGAAGAAAAGUAUAACAUGGAUCCAACAAGCUUGGCGUUGAUUGCUUUAGAGCUGUCUGAUAUACGUAAGGAAAAGCAAGAAGCUUUCGAGUAUUUCCUACGGUCAUGGAAGCAGGCACAUGUCCCAUCGGCCACCAUGCGGCUUGUGUCUCAUUACCUACCUCUCGAAUCGACUGAAGAGAUUGUUGAACCGGUCGGAAAACCUGCCCCUGGAAGUACAGCCUAUUAUCUUCACUCCAUUGGCGGAUAUAGGGGCCUUGCACAACUUUACCUUGAAGCAGGCUUAUUACAUCUCGAGGGCGCAGCAUCUACUUUGCUUGCCGCGUCCUACUCUACUCUGGCCUCUAUUCGUAUACCUAUUCAAGCUCAAAUUGGCGAAGGUGGUACGGAAGCCUGGAAACGUGAUCGUGAAGCGGCCGCGGAGUUCUUUGAACGAGCAAGAACAUUGUAUCCUAUCCUCGACAUACCUGCCUUGCCAUCCGAUGCUGGUUUAGAGCUGGAAAUGCCCAUCAUGCAUCUGACUCCGUCGGCGCCUGACAGCAUCCAGUCCAAAGAGUCGCACUACGAAGACUCAGAAACAGAGAUUCCUGUCGUUCGUCGACGCAGAAAAAGAGAGGAAGAGAUUGUUCUUGAAAAACCAAACACAGACAUGGACGAUUAUGACAAUACAUGGGACUGCUUUGUUGGUUGUAGGGAUUGUCGGCGCCCUGAGCUUCUCAAACUGGUCAAGGAGGAGCCAGAGCUCGUAAUACUUGAUAAAUGUAAUACUAUGACGGGAUAUACCGCAGAAACACUGCUCAAUGCUCGAUACCAAAUUCAAGUGAAGGUGAUCGCAAUCUUUACUUCCAAUUGCGGUUAUUUCGAGGCUGCUCUCACCCGUGUAAUUGUUACCGCAAUGUCGUCGACUCCUACAGAGUGGAAUGUGCAUUUCCUUCGAGAUGAAGGAGCUGUUGCUCCCACUGAAGGCCGCAAUGCGCUUAUUAUUCUAAAUACCUCUUUCUCCUUAAACCUCCUACAAAGAAUCUGGUCCUCGACGCAAUGGCAUUGCUGCGCUGAUGGAGGCGCCAAUCGACUUUACGAUGCUCUCCAGGCUGAAGAACGUACCAAGUAG